GUUCUGAGAGUGAGCGGGGAGGAGAAAAGAAGAAGAAGAGAAGAGAACCGCAAGUGUGAGAGUGAGCGGGGAGGAGAAAAGAAGAAGAAGAAAAAACCCGGGUUCAAACCGAAUCAGAAACAACAACAACACAACGAUGUCGUCUCCGUUCCACCGUCGAUCUCAAUCGGAGGUACAUUUCCGAAUCCCCGACGACUUUGACCUUGAAAUGGAUCCCUUCGACUUCGACGCUUCCCCGCUCCAUUUCCAAGAUCCACAACCACACGACGAUCUCCUCUCUUCCUACAUUGAUUCUGAGAAUUCCGGAUCCAAACUCAAUUCUCCUCCUGCCAAUGGAGACACCGGCAGGCCCGGUCACCGCCGUAGCAACUCCGCCGAUACAUCUUCUUCUAUGUUAUCGGAAGGAAUCGAAUCUAAGAAGGCUAUGUCCCCUGAUAAACUUGCCCAAUUGUGGACCGUUGAUCCCAAACGAGCCAAGAGCACAAACUGCGACAAGGCUCGCCGACUCACAGCCGUUAAACUCCGACAGAGCGCCGCCGUUCACCUCCGUCAGAGAACACAAAGCCAUUGCACUUCUCUAUAUCUAUCUCCCUCUUCCUCAAUGAAAAGGUUACGAGGACAGAAAGAAAGGGUUAGAGGGACUCAUCUGCUGGAAUACUUUGUCAGUAGGUGUAAUGAAAUUGGGAGAGAUACAAGUGGUCUGUCUAGUGAAAAUACCGAGCUGAAGCUUAGGUUACAAGGCAUGGAGCAACAAGCUAAGUUAUGUGAUGCUCUAAAUGAAGCUUUGAAGAAUGAAGUUGAUAGGCUGAAGGUUGCUACUGGAGAGGUAACAACCCAUGUUGAUACAUAUGGUUUGGGAAUGCAUCAACUUUCAUAUUCUCAAGCUUCACCCUUCCUGCACCAGCCACAACCCAUGCUGAUACAUAUGGUUUGUUCAUAAAUUUGUGUAAUUAAUGUGUACAUUUGUAGUAUAUGUUAUGACUUGUAAAUGUGUACAUAAAUUUGUAUAUAUUUUGAUACAUUUAAGGCAAAAUUGGUUUGAAUUGGUAUAUA